AUGAGCCUAGAUUCCCUCGCUCCCGAACUUAUACAGCAAAUCGGUACACAGUUGGGAAACGAUGUAACGAAAUUGCGCCUCGUUUGCAAGAGGAUGAGUGCCGUGCUCGAAUCACACAUUCUCCGAUCGAUUGCCAUCGACAUUAUGAAGCCUCGACUCGAUGUUGGCAUGUCACAACUCACGACGCUGGCGACGCAGGGAAAUCACGCGGCGACAGCCACAAAAGAGCUGCACAUCCGUAACCUCUGUCCUUCGAAGGACCCAUCCGAUCGAUCUCCUUCUUGGGUGUUUAACUCAGAUACGCAGGAAUGGGUGGAGAAACCGCCCAUUCCAUGCCCUCCUGAGGUGAAGAUUGCUGAGGAAAAACUGCAGACCAUGCUUCAGGUGGCCAUCGCCUCUUUAAGCAAUUUGGAGAGUCUCAAAUGGAACAUUGGCAGAUACGAUUCGAAGUGGACGCCAACAGCGGUCAUGGAUGCAGUUAAAACUCUUCCACGCCUCGAAUCCUUGGAGAUUAUUGUAGGAAGUCCUGAUGCCGCAGACCUCCAGCUACAAUCUCUACAUAAUCUGCAGAGCAUCAAGAUAUCUGCGCCCAACAAAGAGUACUUCGUAAAUAUCAUUGAACCCCUUUCACUUUUGAUUGCGAACUCGCCAAACCUUCACACCCUUCAUGUGGGACCUACGUACGGUCCAGCGGCAUCCUUUCAUCAUAUUUUAAGGCACUGCCCUCCAAACUUCGUCUUACCGCUAAAGCAUCUAGGUUUGCAUGGUUUCUCACUGAAGCUCGAUAGAAUAACACUUCCUCAUCUUCAACGCCUAACAUCCUUGACGCUACUCAAUGCCAGGACAUCGGAAUCUGAUCCAAACGGGGCUUAUGUUGGUAAGGAAGAAAGCUCGCACCCAGACGAGAUAUGGGCGAUAUUGAAAACGACCGAUGUCCGUCUUAUCGACAUCGAUGUGAACCAUAUCUCCACCACCCUUCUCGAUUAUAUCUCAUCGUACUCAGGAUUGAAGACACUGCGUUUGGUGCCUCUCAACCUUGAGACUCUGGAACAAUCUGAUCUUGCCGCCAACCAAUUUUAUAAUCUUUGUUUAGGCAAGCAUACGAGCUCUCUUGAGGAACUCGUUGUUAUGGCUGGGUAUGAAGGAGAAUGGUGCCUCGGAGACCAAGCUCUCGCGGUGAUUUCGCUAUGCAAGAAGUUGAAGAUCCUUGGGGGUAAACUCGUUUCGGCAUCCCUCGAUGACGGUGUGAAGGCGUUGAUCGAUGUUACUACCCAACUCCCUCGUUUGGAGAAACUCACCCUUCGUCCUGCGAACUUGGAAUGCCUCCGUUGGGCGAUCUGCGGUAACAUGGCGAUGAGCCAUUUUCAGCAUGUGAGGACGCAGCUAUCGAGAUGCAUCAAAGAGUACGAAGCAAUGGAGUCUGCCAGACCCGUUCCCUUGAUCCUGGUAAACUCAAGGAAGUUUAUUAUGGAGCCAAGUGACAGUGCUGGAAGUGCUGUUGGAGCGUUGAGGUAUCAAUGGGACGCUAAUGAGCCUGACGACAGCGACUUUUAUUUUUGAAGAGUGAUUGAGGUAAGGAAUUGCAAUAUAGCAGUAGAUACUUACUGUAGGUUAUCAAAUGACCGUCUCAAUGGAAUACAUUGAUUU